UCUCACUUUUUGUUCAUUUCAUUCGAUUUGGAUUAGAUUAUAUUCAUAUGGUGAGAACUAGAGGUGGUGCAUUCUUGAGUUUGAUACAUAUCCAGUGAGCGAGAAGCUGCAAUUUGAGGAUGGACAAGUUGUUAAUAAUCAAUUCAAGAAAGCUCCUGUGAAUCAAACUUCUGGAAAAGAAUAUGUUAUUAAUGAAGGUGUUCGUAGCAAUGCUAAGGGUGUUAUUCAAUUUGAGCUACCUGCUAGUUCAAUGUCUAAUGUGGAAAUCCGUUCAAUCGCUAUUGGUGUAAGUAUUUUGCCCUCUAAUUCUGUUUUUUUUUUUCCUUUUUUUUGUCACAAAUUAUUUUACUAAAUCUAAGUGCUACAUUUUUUUUCAUAGUAAGUUUAUAAAAAGUUUUUGCUCGUGAAAAGAGAUUUGGAAGUGGUAUCAAAUUUCUACAUGGAUGAGUUGAAAGUUUUAUUUCAGACUUGUAAACCUAAUGAUGCUUCCACUUCGAUACCUCCAAUGUCCCAAAGUGAUUUAUUCUUUAUGGAUCCUCGUGUUCAUGAUAUUGUUGAUGAGAUUGUGUCUCUUGUAAGUUGGGUAAGCAAAGUGCCUAUUGAUGAUAAUGGUGCACCUGCAAAAGAGAUUAAUGUUGUAGUUGGUGAAGUUCUAAGGAUAGGUUUUGAGCAUGUUUUGAAUAAUGGAAAAUCUAAAUGUUCCUUGCUGUGGAUGUUAGUCUAAUUGGUGAUAAAGUUACAUAUAUAACUCAAUAUAUGAAGUCAAGUAAUAAGGAUAUGAAGAUUUUGGAUACAGUUGUCCAGGAACUUGUUGACUACUACAUUAGUGAUUACCAUGGUUUCGAUCUCAAGUAAGUCAUGUCAUGGUUCUUUUUGUUAUUUAUUUUUCAAAUUUUAAUAAUAAGUGACUAUGCUAAUAUACAUGUGUGUUUUUAUAUACUUGUACAGUGAGGUGUUGGUAUCUUUUGGCAAACCAUUUGAGAUUACAAGGAAUGAUUUCCUUUCAUUAGGUGAACCGACUUUUGCUAUAUCUUCUGGUAUUAUUGAUUGUUGGGCUUUGUUGCUUAAUGAAAACCAGAAGAGUAGUGCACAUGUACCUCAAAAACUAUAUUUUGGUGUCUCUCAAAGUAUUUUUGUUCCUAUACUCUUGAGUGAGCACUUCUUCCUAAUUGUUGUGAAUUUGAAAGAAGAAAAGCUUCAGUUCAUUGAUAAUAUGAGUUAUGAUACGAAGUACAUGAGUGAGGUUGAGAAGUCCUCUGAUGUUCUGGUAAAAAUGUGAUGUUUUGGAUUUUAUUUGUAUUUUUCUAUUUAGGAUAUGUUGUAUGGAACCUAAAGUAUUAUUAUAUUAUGCCUAGAGUGAUAUGAUGAGUACCUUUCUUGGUCAAUGCCUUCCUCGAAAACAGAAUAAUGAUAGUGGCAUUUAUACUAUGGUCAACAUGCUUUACUUUGAUGGAGCUAAUGUGUUCAACUGCGAUGUUUUGAGAAUGGUUAUUAUUCUCAUUUUUUUUAUUUGGCUUUUAAUUUUUAUUAUAUUAACUAUUUCCUCCAUGGAAUUUAACUAGCUUUUUUAUUCUAAUUUUUGUUUUAAAUUAAUAUAUUAGGUUUCAAUUAGACGGGUAUUGAGAGCUUAGAUUGCUGGUACCCUGGUAUUGUCUGAUAUGAACACUGUUAGAGAUGAAGUUCUUAAAAAGCUAUC